AUGCCCACCGAUGAGCAAACAUCAGCCCUCAGCGCCAUCAACGCCCUGCGUGCCAGAUAUGGCUGCGCUCCACUCCAAUGGGAUGACAAUCUCGAGACCGACGCAGCCAUUUACGCUGAACAGCUAGCCCAACGCAACAGCAAGCUUGAGCACGACAAUAUCCCUCAAGAAAAGGCUCAAGCCGAAUGUCUCGCCAUACUGUACGACAACUUCAAGCCUGAGAAUGUUUACACUGAAGCUGUGCGGAACUGGCAUGACAAGCGACGCGAUACUGCUGGUAAUGAGACUGGGCCUGGGGAAGAGGAUAUGUAUUUUGAUGAUCCGGAGGGGAAGUUUCAUUUUGGGAAUUGGGGGCAUUUUGGGUUUAUGGUGACGGGGCUGAUGAACGAUGGUGGCGAUCUUGGUCUCGAAGCAGGCGGAUAA